UGUCCCAACUUGGACGUUACUCUCUACAUCCGAUAGUUUUACUACCUGAGGACUCACCAUGAACUACCGGAUGGUGGUGAUGUACUUGGAGAUCGGCUGCUUCGUGUCCUGCCUGUGCGGCUGGAUCCUGGUGUGCUCCACCCUUCCCACGGAGUACUGGACCUUCUCCGAGGUGGGCACCAUCGUGCUGACCACCUCCAACUACUACUCCAACCUGUGGAGGGACUGCGUCUCGGACACCACGGGGGUGUCCGACUGCAAGGACUACCCUUCCAUGCUGGCGCUGCCUGCAUUCCUACACGCCUGCAGAGCGCUCGCCGUCUGUUCCGUCAUCACCGGUUUCUUCGGAGGCGUCCUCACACUCGUCGGGAUGAAGUGCACCAAAAUAGGCGGCUCGGAGAUCGCCAACGCGAGGGUGACCUUCGCGGGCGGCAUAACCUACCUGGUUUCAGGGUUCUGCGGUAUGAUCACCUACUCAUGGUGGGGCAACAGAGUUGUAUCAGAGUUCUUGGACGAAAAUUUCAGGGCACAGAAAUUUGAACUUGGAGCUGCCGUUUUCAUUGGCUGGGGAGGCUCCGUCCUUCUCCUCUCUGGAGGGACAGUGCUGACUUACUUCUCUGGAAAAGAAGGUCUCCCAAAAACUUCUUCAGCAAGGCCACGGAGGCCGGCCACUUACGCCACCGCCCGGACCAGACGCACCUACAUGCUGCCCGGCUCGUCGUCCAGAGUGACUCUGGGGCCGCCGCUGUUUUAUGAAGGCAGGAAGAGCCGAGCGAGCCGAGCAGCAACGAAGACCAGACUGACCUUCAACAGGGACAGCUUCGUCUGAGCUGAGAAAGUGAACUAAAAGACUUAGGAAGGAACGGUACAUUGAUUUGCUUUCUUGCUCAGAACUAGUUGAGCUGAUCAGUACCACCGUUGUGUCUGUGCGUUCAAUAUGAAGCCAGAGCCAGCAUUCCGUUAGCUUAGCUUAGCAUAAAGACUGGAAGUAGGGGGAAACAUCUAGCCUGGCUCCAUCAGAGGGUAACGAAAUUGGACUACUUGCACCUCUAAAGCUCACUAAUCAACACGUUAUAAUUAUUUAGUUUUGGGUGAGACAGACCUAGGCUAGCCGUUUACCCCUAUGCCUAAUAUUUAAGCUAAACUAAGCUAUGCUAAGCUAAGCAGCUGCUGGCUCCAGCUUUAUAUCUCGCGCGUAGUCAUGAGUGGUAUCUAUCUUCUCGGCAAGAAAACACAAAUUUCCCAAAAUCAUAAACUAUUCCUAUAAUCAUGUAAUGCAAGGCUGGAUAUAUUGAAUUUGGUCAAUAAGUUUGUUAUUUUUUUUUAAUAUUUUGUAUUCACUGCCUCUUUUUGCCUUUCAUCAUGGAGCAUCCACUGUCUGUUGACCCUUUGAUUCCUUCCCGUCUGCUUUGUUCUUUUGAAACGGGCUGAAAGUCUCAGUAUAAAAGGAGAAACAUGAAACACAAUGCACUCUCUUCCAGCUCGAUGGCAUCACAGCAUCUGAUACGACUUUGUAUUUGUUUACAAAUCUGUUCAAAACGAAGAGUUCGCCAUACUUUAUUCACCUCGCGUUUCUGGCUGUCUGGCAUUCCUCAGGGUUGAGUCUUGGGUUAUUGCCAGUUUCUUUUUGUACAUCUUUUUUUUUUUUUAAAUCCUUAAAA